GGCGCCGGCUGCGGUUAGGAAAUAGGCGCGGUGGGAGAGCAGGGUUGGACCCCCGUUGGGAGUGGCGUUAGGCCACUCCCGCCGGAACUCCAGGGCCGACCUCGGCCACUGCUCCUUCGUUGAGGGGGGGCCGCCGCCGGCCGCGGUUCCCGACGCCGGAAGGGCGGGGCCUCCGCGUUCCCGGGCGCUGCAGCCGGAGGCCGCGCGGGCCUGGCGGGAAGGGCCACGAGCUGGUCCUUUUUUGUUUCCUUUUUCCUCCUUUCUCGGCUCCUCCGGAAAAGCGGAAGGGGCAGGGACAGAGCAGCGAUCAGACCCACCCACUGUGUCCCAGCACGUGCGUGGCCACGAGGGAGCCCUUUCCUCCCUGGACCCCACCCAUUUAAAGCGGCUUCAGGAUUCUUGACUCUGAUGCAGAACCUUUCAGAGUUAGCUAGAAGCCUUGGCCCAGCCUCUUGAUGCAGCCUGAAUCCAGCAGGUGUGAAGAGGAGACCCCUUCCCUCUUGUGGGGUUUGGAUCCUGUGUUUCUAGCCUUUGCAAAACUCUACAUCAGGGAUAUUCUGGACUUGAAGGAGUCCUGCCAGGUGCCAGGUGUAUUUCUUUACAAUGGACAUCCAGUAAGACAGGUAGAUAUCUUGGGAACUGUCAUUGGAGUGAGAGAAAAAGAUGCCUUCUACAGUUACGGAGUGGAUGAUAGCACUGGAGUUAUAAACUGCAUCUGCUGGAAAAAGUUGAGCAGUACCGAAUCUUCAUCAGCAACUGCAGCUGCUCCCAGUGCAGCAAGAGAGCUGAGCUUAACCUCACAGCUUAAGAAGCUGCAAGAGAACAUUGAGCAGAGAACAAGGAUAGAAUUUGGGGACAUUAUCCGAAUCAGAGGCUACAUCCGCACAUACAGAGAAGAGCGAGAAAUUCAUGCCACGGCUUUCUAUAAAGUGGACGAUCCAGUGUGGAACAUUCAAAUUGCAAGGAUGCUUGAACUGCCCUUUAUCUACAGGAAGGUUUAUGACCAGCCUUUCCGCAGCCCAGUUCUAGAGAAAGAAAAGGCACUAAGCAGCAAUCCAGGUGCCUUGGACCUUGCCAGUCUCACAUCUUUGCUGAGUGAAAAAGUGAAAGAAUUCCUCACAGAGAACAGAGUGCAAACCUUUUACCAGCAGGAGCUGGAAAUGGUGGAGUCUUUGCUGUCCCUUGCCAAUCAGCCUGUGAUUCACAGGACCUGCUCCGACCAAGUGGAUUUUAAGAACGACACCACUUCCAAGGCGAUUCAUAGUAUAUUUAAGUGUGCCAUACAGCUGCUGUGGGAAAAAGGACUUGUUUUCCAGAAGGAUGGUGGUUUCGAUAACCUAUAUUAUGUAACCAGAGAAGACAAAGACCUGCACAGAAAGAUCCACCAGAUCAUUCAGGAAGAUUGCCAGAAACCAAAUCAUGUGGAGAAGGGUUGCCACUUCCUGCACAUCUUGGCCUGUGCUCGUCUGAACGUCUUCCCCGGCCUGAGUGAGGCUGUGCUGCAGCAGGUGCUGGAGCUCCUGGAGGACCAGAGUGACAUCGUCAGCACCAUGGAGCACUACUACAUGGCAUUCUGAGCAGAGGCCCACAGACAGCAUGGGAGGUCCAGCUGAGGAGGAGAGAGACGAGGUGGUGUUCACCCCCAGGCUCUCAUUGUAAACACCAUGAGGGGGCUUAUAUGUCUGGAGGCAGUAACCUCAUAAUAAACUUUAAAAUAUGGUCGUUCGGACAAUGGGAUCUGGCAUAAAUCAUGUUGGCUACCUUCCACCCACUGUAUCCUUGGGAUACAGUGACUUUGAGCUCAGCCACAACAUACAAGAAAGCCCUGCCUGUUGACCUCUUGGCUGGACUGGGCAUCACUUACAGAGCAGAAGGGGGAGGAAACAGUGUUGGUGGUUUAAUGCUGUCGUGGUGGAGGGACAUCACAGGGUAAAGGCCCAUGCACUGCAGAAGGUGAAAGCAUAGGGUAAGGACACACAGGUUUUUUUUUUUUUUCUCCCACCUUUGCCUCAUUUUAUUGGUUAGAAGCAAGUCACAGUUCCCACCUGUACUCAAGGGAGAGGGGAUACAGAAGGGCAUAAACACCAGCAUCUGUAUUCAUGAGAGAUAUUAGUGUGUCAUUUUCUUGUCUUCUAAUGUCUUUAUCAGGUUCUGUUAUUAAUUUUAUACAGAUCAUUUUUGAAAAUGCUUUUUAUUUUUAUAUAUUUCUUUUCCUCUUCCUUUCAACUGGUUUUCAGAAACAAAUACCAGGUUGAAUUGUUGAUAGAAACACCUAAGCUUUUGUUAGUAGAACAUAUGCCUUGAAAUAAAAACAAAACAAAACAAAAAAAACAGUAUACUUCAAAACAGCAUCAAUAAUUUUGUUUUGUUUUGUUUUACAUAAAAAAUGAGUUCACAAUGGCCACCUACCCUCAAGGCCCUCACAAUCCCUCAGGCCUCAGUCAGGGGCCUCUGGAAGCUUUAUUCAUGUCUUUUGUCAGUCAUCCUUCGUAAUGUUCCUUGUUUCUUGAUAGAAUUUCAGCAGCAUUAAACUUGAAGAGUUCCAAAUAUGUGUAGUAAAUUUCUUUCAACUUCUGUACAAUGACUGAUUGAAGGCCACACAAUCUAAAGCUUGUUAAAACUUCAGACCAUCAGAUGAUGCAUUCCUCUGGGCCACUCUUGACAGUUAAGAACUGGUUUAGGGGAGUAGUUCUCCCCCGAUGAGUGUGCUGCCUACGGUUUCUGUGGCUCAAGCACCAGCAGUGGGGCCAGAAGCCUGGGCUGAUGUUUAUAGACUCACCCAGAGAUGGUAAUAAACAGGGAUCCAAGGUGUGGCUCUGUGGUUGUCAUUUUUUCCUUAUUUUCAUUCUGAAUUGGAAGGUGUCUCUACA